UCUAUUGAACUUUCUCUCUCUCCCACAUAUGCCCCUCUCUCUCUCUCUCUCUUCAGCUGUUCACAGUAGGGAAGACCCAAAAGUCGAUCCGAAGAAAAGAUUAGGGAUUUGGGAAUCUGAACAAUGGCGAGUGCGGUGGACACGACAGGGAACCCGAUCCCAACGUCGGCGGUUCUGACGGCGUCGGCGAAGCACAUCGGAAUCAGGUGCAGGUCGGAGAACGUCGCAUUCCUCAAAUGCAAGAAGAGCGACCCUAACCCCGAGAAGUGCCUUGACAAGGGCCGUGACGUCACUCGCUGUGUGCUUGGCCUGUUGAAAGAUAUUCACCAGAAGUGCACAAAAGAGAUGGAUGCGUACGCGGGUUGCAUGUAUUACUACACCAACGAGUUUGACUUGUGUCGGAAUGAGCAGCAAGCUUUCGAGAAAUCCUGCCCUCUUGAAUGAUACAAGGCAAGUUGGGAUUCGUCUCUCUCUUCACUCCCAAAAUCGUCCUCUCUAUAAUAAGCAGAGUGUUCAUUUUUGAAUGAGCGAUACUCUUUUCUAAUGCCACCUUUCCAUCUCUGUUCUCUUCAUUUCCUUCUUCCAAAUUUGUCAGAAACCCAGAAUCUUUUUUUUUUAUAUGAAGCGAAUUUAAUCUUA